AUGGCAGCAAACGGCGAGACUGUGCCUCAGGGCGCAAGCGAAGUUACCGACACAGGCAAAGGAAAGGGCAAGGCGGUCGAGGAGCCUGUGAUGAUGGAAGAGGAUGAUGACGAGGACGACGAAGAAGAGGAAGAGGAAGAAGAGAUACCCGAAGUUGAAGAUGAAGUCGAUGAGAUGGAAGCACUUGAACUGGAAAACAUUGUCGAAACCCGAACCCGUGGCAAGAAGAUCGACUGGGCUGAAGCCGAGCAGAAGUCAAAGGAUGCCGGUGACGAUUUGGAUGACGAUGACGACGAUGACGAUGAAGACUUCGAGGCGCCUGAAGACGAGGAUGAGGAGAUGAAAGGUUGA